AUGUCACCCGACUGCUCAAAUGCAACUUCCCCGGAAUUAGAAGCCUAUGGGGACAUAUCGGGUAUAGGCGUAAUCAUCGGUUUCGUGGGAACCAGCUACCUUGUACUCCUUCACGUCGGGGUAUAUUACUUGCUCGUUUUCGAUCCCAGCAAGUAUCCCUUCAAUACUAAGAGCAUCGAUUCUCCCCGCGAUAAAGAGACAGAACACGAGGGCAACACACCGAGUUGGUGGAAACCGAACCCAGUUGACAGUAUGUUCCUGGGCUCACUCCGCACCACCUGGAAAAGGCUCCAAUUUUCGAAGAAAACGUUGUCCAAUUUCGAAGACGCCGUCAAUGAAUCCAUUAGCGGCAUUUGCGACACCCAGUUAAUCACCGGCAGUAGUAUACUCAUCGCUGGCUAUAUAUCAUUACGUCAUGGCCUUUCAGCCUAUCAUUGGCAGAUGGUCGUAUUUCUGUCUUGGUUCUCUUCUAUCACCCUGCUGUCCGGGUUUAUUGCCUUGCGAAAUCGUCCAUAUAACCGCAGGAAGAAAUGGGUCUUCCGGUUGUUGGUAACAAUCGGCUUUAUUAUUAUGCUCAUCUUUGCGAUCGUACCUACCGGGUACUUCGGGUGGCUGGAGACGGGCCUCAAGACCCGAAAGAACUACAUGGCUUCUACGGCUGUGUGUUAUUACCACCCGAAAUCGACCGUUUACCAACACUGGAAUACAAUUACUGCGAACGGUUUCCUGGGCUCGGGAACUUGGCAAUCUAUGAUUAUUUCCAUGGUACUCCUUGUUCUUGGUACCCUGACGACGACAGCGAAAUUAUUCAGACAUCCAUCCAAGUGCCUGAACUCGCACCUGCGACUGCGAAUCAGCAAAUUGCUUCAGAAGUGUCUGGCCGGCUUUGCUCACAUAUACCCGUUGUUUGACGAAACAUGGGACCCGAGGGCGAGGCCGCGUGGCCUGUCAAAGCAUGAUUUAUGGGAUGUUCUCAUCAUCCGGCCCCUUCUUUCGCUAUUUAUUUUUCUACGUUUAGUCGUAGAUCUACUUAAUUCAAUGCUAGCCAUGGUUGCCUGGCUUGUCAUCGCCAUGCUCUGGGGCACGAUCAAGCUCGUAAAAGCACGAAACGUGUUGUUUUAUGAGGUACCCGAUAUCUUUCACGAGGAAAACGAAUGGACCUUCGGCCAAAUAAUUCCUGUCCUUCUACUCGUGGAUCCAUUAAUCUCACCAGCAGCUAGUUUUGCCUUGAAAAUGCUUUUGCGUAAUAUUAAGGCGUGUUGGUACCAAUUUCGUGGGAAAUUCAGACGCCAUAUCGCAACAGCAAUACCGUACCAAGAAUGCCAUGGAUCGACUGAGACAACUGCUGCUGAUGAGCUGGGAAUAGGACUCCGAACCUUCACCAUGACACAUAACACUGACAUGCUUGGAACCUCUGCUCUCACAACACCUAUGACUCCAGGUUCGAUCACCAUGGUUCCGGAGCGUAUUCUUGUGCAUCAAUACGAUCCCAGAGACUACCAUCACAUGCAAGCUGGUACCUCGAGUGAAAUAUCUCCCGCUCUGACAACACCCACCACCCCCGGCUCGUUAAUCAUGGACCCAGAGCGAGGUCUACUGCGUGAAUCAGACUCCAAAGUGUCAGGCGCCGGUACCUCCACGCUCCCUACCUUCCUAACCCGCAACUACAACGACACAAAGACAUGGAGAAGCCCUUGCCUCAUCGCCAUAUCUCUCGUCAUCAUCGCCUAUAUCAUCGAAGCCUGCGGCCUCCUCCUCGGCUGGCAUUUCAACAGAACUAUGCCACUCGGCAAACUAACCUUAAUCCAGUUCUGGAUUGGCGACAACACUGUCAAGGGAUUCCUGUGGAUCGCUCUGUUGACAUUCCCAUCUGCGGGUGCCUUUACCGUCGCGCUGGGACUUACGCUCGAUUCCUGGGGAAAGGGCAAAUUUGGGGUUAUGCUCCCUAUCUCUGUACUUGUUCACUUCUUCUUCCAUUUUAGCUGGCACUUUUGGAGCGUGUCGCAGUAUUUCGUGAACGUACCGGUCGUUGAGACGCUUAUUGAUACUGCUGUUAAUACGGUUAUUUGCGGUGUCUUUUAUGUAACCCUGGCGCUGAUGGAGAAGUGUCUGAAUAGGCGGAAGACCCGCGUGCCAAACAUGUCUAGUUAG